GGCUGCUGCGUGGCUUUCUUUUUUGGAGAGAGUGGAAAACAAAAGGUGGAAUCUCGCCGCCAUGACGGGGAAAGAGGGAGUUGUGCUCUGUGAUACUGAGAAUAAACAGAAGUCAACCUCACAGAACAUCGUGAACCACGGGGGAUCCCAGCAGCCGCCUCCAGUCUGGAAGAUGGCCCCCACGGUGCACCGGCGCAUCGGCUUUGGGAUCCAGGAGCUGCUCGGCCUCAACAAAGAGCCGCCGGCGGCCCCGCAGAGGCGGCCCCUGGAGGUGCUCCCGCACAGUGCGCACGUCCUGGCUGCAAGGUCCCUCGGACACGGGGGCCUCGGGGUCGGGAUGGGUCUGCUGGUGCCAGAGGGGAUACACUCGUUUUACAGCCAGCCUGCUUUUCUGGAGGUGCUUGCAGAGGCGCAACAUGUGCACCUGCCGCCGCUGCACAGGGCGGCGCACUUGGACUCGCAGAUGGAUGCGCAGCACUCCGCCAGCUCCGAUUCCGAUGACAUGAGUCUUUCCUCUGGUGAUCAGAAGUUCUCUAAAUCCUCAGUGAGUCAGAGCAAGAAACGAAAGAAAAGACGACACAGAACCAUUUUCACUUCCUAUCAGCUGGAGGAACUGGAGAAGGCUUUUAAUGAAGCUCACUAUCCAGAUGUGUACGCCCGAGAAAUGCUCUCCAUGAAGACCGAGCUACCAGAGGACAGAAUACAGGUCUGGUUUCAGAACCGCAGAGCCAAGUGGAGGAAAAGAGAGAAGUGUUGGGGUCGCAGCAGCGUGAUGGCUGAGUACGGCCUCUAUGGAGCGAUGGUCCGUCACUCCAUCCCUCUGCCGGAGUCCAUCCUCAAGUCGGCCAAGGAGGGCAUCACUGACUCCUAUGCUCCGUGGUUAUUAGGUAUGCACAAGAAGUCAGUAGAAACCACACACGCCUCAACUGGAAAACCCUGCAGCCUGACGCCCCCACCCCCACCACCACCUCCACCCCCAACACAGGAGAAACCAGUGGACAAAGUGAUGGAGCAGGAGAUGGAGAAACGAAUUAAAGACGCUGCUAACGCAUCAAUAUCCAAGGAGGAAUUGAGGGAGAACAGUAUUGCUGCGCUGCGAGCGAAGGCACAGGAGCACAGCGCCAAGGUGCUCGGGACAGUUUCUGACAGAACGAACGGCCACGUGACUCAUAAAGAGGAAGCUGAGGACGAGCCGGCGGAGCAGGAAACGGCAGAGGUGUUGAAGUGUGAUUGAAAGAAAAGAGAAACGCUGCAGGAUACAGACUGAUGGUGAAGAUACCUGCAGAGAGGAGUGUGCACACAUUUCAGAGGCAGAAGCUUCAUUGGUUGAGUUGAAGCUUGGCGCAUGUGGAGACCCCCAUGAGUUAGACUGAGCCUCAAACCCGCGGAUCAAAUAUUACAAUAAGAGAUGCAUAAAUGUCUAAUUAUUUAGAGAUUACUUGUCUGGUAACUUUAUUUGAAAAAAAGGUUCUUUGGCUCUAAUGAUUUGAGGGUUGGGAUUAAUAAACUACACAACCUUUCCCUGUUGCUUCCUGUAGGAGACAGGAGGCUGGAGCUUCACAUUUACUGCAGAUGUUCUGACAAAGCGCUGCGUUAAAUAAAUAUAUUUAUAUUUCUUUUAAAAUAAAUUGUUAACCUUGCAGUUAUGUAACCAUGGCAGCUACUUUUGUGCAACAGUGACGGUAAAGACUUUUUGUGUGACGGGUCACCUUUUUCCAGAAGCAUCUAGAAAGUUAAACCUGCUGCAGAGGCAUUAAAGAUGAAUGUGACCUCUGACCUCCCUGUGAUCUCAGUCGGGUGACUGAAAAGCACACAGCCAGUAUAAAGUGCUGUGAAAAGAUUACGAUACAAGAUCAAACCUUUUUAAUUUCUUUUAUCUGUUGCAAUGUUUGUGAUGUACAUACUGAAAAUAUUGUCCAAUAGUUAACACUGUGCGAUUAAGUACAGUUAACAUUCAUUAUCUGUGUUUGUCUGUAUAAAUGUAACUGUAGCCUAAUUAAAAGUUACUGAUAUUUAAAGUCA